AGUCGAUGGGAUAAAUGUGAUGCGAUGAGACUUUGCUUAAAACUUCUCUCAUUCUCUUCAUCAUCUUUCUCUCAAUCAGUUUCUUCACUCUUUCCCACACCAUAAUUUCUUCAUUCGGCAAUUGUUUCGCUGUAAUAAUAAUCAUUUCCAUUUGAUCACAAAUUUCUCUUCAAAUUUCUCCGCCUUCUUCUUUCCCUCUCAUUUCUCUAAACUCUCUGCAACUGGUGGUGGAGCUUGCUUGCUUCUGGCUAUGGCGAUUCCAGCGGCCCUGGUGAUCCUGCCAUUGGGCGUUCUAUUCUUCUUCUCUGGCCUCGUCGUUAAUCUCAUUCAGGCAAUAUGCUUUGUCUUUAUAAGGCCGCUAUCAAAGAAUGGGUACAGAAGGAUUAAUAGAUUGGUUGCAGAACUGUUGUGGUUGGAACUUGUUUGGCUAAUUGAUUGGUGGGCCGGUGUUAAGAUUAAAGUGUAUACAGAUCGUGAAACUCUUAAAUUAAUGGGUAAAGAGCAUGCACUUGUUAUCUCCAAUCAUAGAAGUGAUAUUGAUUGGCUUGUUGGAUGGAUUCUAGCUCAGAGAUCUGGAUGUCUUGGCAGCACACUAGCUGUAAUGAAGAAGUCAUCAAAGUUUCUGCCAGUUUUAGGUUGGUCAAUGUGGUUUUCAGAGUACCUUUUUCUCGAAAGAAGCUGGGCCAAGGAUGAAAUUACUUUAAAGUCAGGUCUUUUACGGUUGAAGGACUUCCCUUUGCCUUUUUGGUUGGCACUUUUUGUAGAAGGGACUCGAUUUACCGAGGCAAAACUUUUGGCAGCUAAAGAGUAUGCAAUUGCCAAUGGAUUACCUGUUCCUAGAAAUGUUUUGAUUCCACGUACAAAGGGUUUUGUGUCAGCUGUAGGUCAUAUGCGCUCAUUUGUUCCAGCAAUUUAUGAUGUAACGGUAGCUAUUCCCAAAAACUCACCUCCACCUACAAUGCUAAGACUCUUCAAGGGGCAGCCUUCUGUGGUACAUGUGCACAUUAAGCGACAUUCUAUGAAGGAAUUGCCUGAGACAGAUGAUGCCAUUGCUCAAUGGUGUAGAGAUCUGUUUGUAGUAAAGGAUGCACUGUUGGAUAAGCAUGUAGCCGAAGACACCUUUAGCGAUGCAGAGUUACAGGAACUUGGUCGGCCAAUCAAGUCCCUCUUGGUAGCAAUUUCAUGGACAUGUCUCCUCAUCUUGGGGUCCCUCAAGCUUCUUCAUGGCUCUACCUUUUUAUCUUCAUGGAAAGGUCUUACAUUCUCAGCUUCUGGCCUCGCCAUUGUUACAGUUCUCAUGCAAAUCCUCGUACGUUUCUCCCAAUCGGAGCGGUCAACCCCUGCAAAGGUUGUCCCAGCCAAGCCUAAGACCAGUGGCGAACCACUCGAUCCCAGACGACAGCCAAAACAAAACUAGGGUCUAGACAAACAUAACUCACCUUUGCCUAAAAUCUUGAUAUAUUUCUUUUACACGAUUGCUCGUUUAUCUGCAGUCGUACUUGUAGGUUUUGUGAACUUAUACCUGUGUGUCAGCAACUGUAUUGUAUGUCAACUCUUUUUCCUUCUCACAUCAAACUUUUUCUCCAUAGUAUCGUGUAUUUUUGCAAAUUACCAAAUUGGCAUUCAAUUUC